AUGCGGCCCAAUUCUACCACGAUGCCAAGAGGAGCUCGCUUGGAUGGAUACCCAAUCUUCUAUCCACGGACACCUCCCUCUGAAUUUCUGUUCGACGCCCAAGAGAGCUUGCAGGAGCCGCUCGUGCCAGCAGCUGCCAGCAGUUCAUAUCAUCACCAUUCCGUGGCUUAUGAGAUCAUAGGGGGCUGCAAGGAGCUGCUCAAAGUCUCGAGCUUGCUGAUGAUCGCCCAUCCUGCAACCGAGCGGUGCAGGCUUUUGAGGACUCGUGCGGGAGGCGUCGCAGGCAUGGCAGUCCAUGCCGCGAAGCUCAAUGGUAGUGCUUCACAUGAUGUUGGUGCGGCUGUAUGUUGA